AUGGGAAGCUAAUGAACCCAGUUCAAUCUUUUCAAGACAACCCAACUUUCCCAUCAGAAUCCUCGUAUUACAACCACGCUGAAAAAAGAAAAAGAAAACAUUUGACUCUAUUGCGGGGAAUAGCCCAGGCGCCAGGUUAUUCAUCCAUCUAUCUUCGACAAGUACCCCGCUGCGUACAUCCGUCAAUCCAUAAAUACAAUUGUCCUCAACACAAAAUGGCGUUUCAAAAAGAAGAAAAAGACCAACUUGCCUUGGAACUUACACGAGCGUUAUCGCACACUCCCUACAUCUGCUCGUCGUUGACACACCUCAGUGGCGGAACCGCCAACUUCCUUUUCCGUGGGAUCCUGACUCAUCCUCUGGCUGAUGGAACACAGACGGUGGUGGUGAAGCAUUCCAAGGAGUUUGUCGCCGUGAACCGCAACUUCUCUCUAGAAGUGUCUCGUUGUCUCUUCGAAGAGACUAUGCUCAAUGCAUUAGACGGCCUCCCAAACACCACGACAGAGAAUAUAACAAUCCAAACUCCCCAUUUGUAUGAAUUCGAUCGAAAGCAAAACACGCAAAUCUUAGAAGAUCUAUCCGACACUAUUGAUCUAAAAACCGUCUUGGUGUCCGCUGAAGCUGGCGUCGUAUUGCCGCAGUCUAUAUCUACAGCCAUCGGCUGCGCUGUAGGUGUCUGGCUCCGGGCCUUCCACUCGUGGACAGCGCAACCAGCACAGGCAAACCUUCGUAAAGAGAUAGCAGCCAAUGAACCGAUGCGGAAACUAAGAUAUCAAAUCAGCUAUGGUGCAUUUAUUGAGAUCGUGCAGAAGUUUCCUGAGGUGUGGGAUGAGUACGGCACCAUCCUGCAGCAGGUGCAGGACAUGGCAACAGAGGAAUACGCGCAAUCCAUCCACGAUCCAGGCGUAGAGGAUUGGGGUGUCAUCCACGCUGACUUCUGGGCUGGCAAUGUCCUGAUUCCAAACACGCCAUCGUUGGAAAAGCGACAAGCAGAAGGAAUAGAUCUCUACGUCAUUGACUGGGAGCUGUCUCAGUUCGGUCGAAAGGAGUACGAUGUCGGCCAAAUGAUUGGAGACCUCUACGAGCGGAAGCAUUUCUUGGACGUAGACAGUGCGAUUUGGGCAAUGCAAGGGUUUGUGGCAGGGUAUGGCCCUUUGGAUCAUGCAAUGGCCUUCAGGGCUGCCAUCCAUGCAGGGGUCCAUUUAAUCUGCUGGUAUAUCAGGCGGAAUCCGACAGCACCGUUUUUGGAGGACCCGAAGCUGAUCCAUGGUGCUAUCCGUACGGGGACAGACUUUAUUGUAAAGGCAUGGGAGAAAGACCGAGUAUGGUUUGAGAACAGUCCUUUGGCUUGUUUGUUUGCUUCAACUACAUAGACGAUUAAUACCUAAGCAGGUAGGUAGUCAUGAUCUAAAAUGCAAAUAAAUUG